AGCCGGGAGAGAGAAGCGGGCGGAGGGGAGGAGGGGAAGAGCGAGGGAGAGCGAGGGAGAGCGAGGGAGAGCGAGGGAGAGGGAGGGAGAGUGCGAGCGUGAGCAGAGCCUCCCGCUACCGAAGGAAGGGAGUGACUGAAGGGGCUGGCUAGGGAAGGGACAGGAUGCCUUAGGAGCCUCCGGCCGCAGGACCCCAUGACGGGGAGGAGCUCCAGGCUGAUCUGAGGCUGUGGUAAUGGCUGGGGCCAGAGAGUCCCCUCCAGGGCCCUGAGCGCCCCCGCACCGCCUCUAAGGGAGCUCCAGAAGUUAACAUCAGUGGGACUCAGAAGCUCUGAUCUCAACAACUGCCAUGUGAGGGAGCGGGGAGCAGGUGGCCCCAUGCAGAAUGGGAAAUUCUGAGACGUCUGAGACAAACAGCCCUUCAGAUGACCCUUCAAUACGAUAUUUUAAAGGUUACCUUGAAAUUUCCACAACCACCAAGGCAGCAAAGAGAAAGGUCUGCGGGGAACAUCUGACUUUCCACGAUGGGUGAAAUCUUCCUCUUGGCUCAUAGAACAUUCACCCAGGUGGUUCUAUCAGGUUCCCUAUUUCCCGGGAGUGGGGCUGCCUGUGAAAUCAAGACAAGUCUGCUUGUAAAGAUGAAGAGCUGAGGAAGAGCAUCCCCUGAGGUGAAUUCCUCCCGGAUCAGAAGCUCAUAGGACUUUCUGGAGUGAGCACCUCUUCAGUCUAAGCAGGAGCCACAGAACUUGGAUGUCUGCAAGCCAUCGUGUGGUGGGGACCGUGAGACCCCAGGCUGGAGCAGAUAAACCUAGAUUCAAACCUUAACUCGGCCACAUAACUACUUGAGCUUCGUCUUUGCCUGAAGAUUGGAGGGAGCGUGGCAGUUCUGCUCUAAUACCUUUGUUGUGAGCUCAUAUAAAUGAGCUAAUGCAUAUACAUUUCUUAGCACAGUGCCUGCUUGUUAACGCUCAGAAAUGCAAGCUGUGGAGCUUAUUAGCUUAUUAGCUGUGGAGAUUCUCAUGGUCUUUCCUGGCUGCAUCAGAGUCUUAAAGUAUUUUCAAUGGGAGUGCACGGAAUAUCAGAAAAACAGCAGACUGUUCCAGGUGUGUGGGUGUUUCUUUAAAGGGUGGCAUAGACUCCAAAACAUGCUAUGGCUGGAGAUUCUAGGAAUGCUAUGAACCAGGACAUGGAGAUUGGAGCCACUCCCAGGGACCCGAAGAAGAUUCCCAAACAGGCCCGUGAUUACAUCCCCAUCGCCACCGACCGCACUCGCCUGCUAGCGGAAGGCAAGAAGCCCCGCCAGCGCUACAUGGAAAAGAGUGGCAAGUGCAACGUUCACCAUGGCAAUGUCCAAGAAACCUACCGAUACUUGAGCGACCUCUUCACCACCCUGGUGGACCUCAAAUGGCGCUUCAACCUGCUGGUCUUCACCAUGGUCUACACCGUCACUUGGCUGUUCUUCGGUUUCAUUUGGUGGCUGAUUGCUUACAUCCGGGGUGAUCUGGACCAUGUUGGUGACCAAGAGUGGAUUCCUUGUGUUGAAAACCUCAGUGGCUUUGUGUCUGCCUUCCUGUUCUCCAUUGAGACUGAAACCACCAUUGGGUAUGGCUUUCGGGUAAUCACAGAGAAGUGUCCAGAGGGAAUCAUACUUCUCUUGGUCCAGGCCAUCCUCGGCUCUAUCGUCAAUGCCUUCAUGGUGGGGUGCAUGUUUGUCAAGAUCAGUCAGCCAAAGAAGAGAGCAGAGACCCUCAUGUUCUCCAACAAUGCGGUCAUCUCCAUGCGGGACGAGAAGCUCUGUCUCAUGUUCCGGGUAGGGGACCUUCGCAACUCCCACAUUGUGGAGGCCUCAAUCCGCGCCAAGCUCAUCAAGUCCCGGCAGACCAAAGAAGGGGAGUUCAUCCCACUGAACCAGACGGACAUCAACGUGGGCUUCGACACUGGGGAUGACCGUCUCUUCCUGGUGUCUCCACUCAUCAUCUCCCAUGAGAUCAAUGAGAAGAGCCCUUUCUGGGAGAUGUCUCGGGCCCAGCUGGAUCAAGAGGAAUUUGAAGUUGUGGUCAUUCUAGAAGGGAUGGUGGAGGCAACAGGCAUGACUUGCCAAGCACGGAGCUCCUACAUGGAUACCGAGGUGCUCUGGGGCCACCGAUUCACGCCGGUCCUCACGCUGGAAAAGGGUUUCUAUGAGGUGGACUAUAACACCUUCCACGACACGUAUGAGACCAACACGCCCAGCUGCUGUGCCAAGGAGCUGGCGGAGAUGAAGCGGGAAGGCCGGCUCCUCCAGUACCUCCCAAGUCCGCCCCUGCUGGGGGGCUGUGCUGAAACAGAGCUGGAUACAGAGGCUGAGCAGGAGGGAGAGGACGAGCCUGAGGGUCUGAGUGGGCCCCGGGAGAACAGGGGCUCUGUGUGAGGAUGGUACUUGCCCCAGGACCUCCCCUCCCUGGCUUCUGAGCACAGCCCCUGCUGCAGAGCCGGUGGAGGAGGGGGUGAAGGAGCUGAGUUUGGGCUGGGGGGUGGGGGCUCCAGGAGCCAUCCAGGCUCUGUGGGGAGGAACAGUAUAUCCUGUCCUGGAAUGUCCCAGCUCAUGCCUCCCUGAACAGGUGGCCCCUGGCCUGGACCCCUGAGGCUGUGCUGCCUCUUCCCUCCCAGCUUCCAUCAGCGUGGCUCAGGGCCAGGCCGGGAUGGGGUUCCUCCCAGUGAGAGUUACAGGGCGGCCUCUGUCUCCACACACACUUCCCUCUGCCCACCAGCUGGGAUCCCCUCCCUCCUUGGGUCUCACAGACUGACCUGCAGCUCUCCUUCCAGGGCUGAUGCCUAGAGAGGGCAGUCCCCCUCUACCCCUCACUCCCACCACCCCGAGGCUUACUGUGGGCUCCGGGGGGAGAAAUUCUGCCUGCCCAGAAAUGCCACCCCCUGGUCCCAGGAUGAGCUCACAGACCUCACGGUCAAGGUCCACGCGAGUCAGGCAGGCAAUGCCUCUCAGCUCCCAUACCCGCGUCCCCUUCCUGAGAGCCACGGAGGACAAGGCCCAGAAGGAAUGAUCUGUUCUCACCCAUGAAGCUUGUGCAUCUCCUAUGCUGUGUCCCUCGUGUCACGUGUAGCCUACCAGAUAACCGAUCUCCUUUGAGUGACCCUCAGAUGGUGGCUUGGGCCACAGCACACCUCCGAGCACAUGUGGCAUUGUCGUUGGCUGCAUCCUGGCCAUUCCUGACCACACAGUGGCCCACUGCUCCCACCUGUCGGACAGCCCAGAAGCCCAUUCCUUUCUGGUACUUUCGGCCCCAGAAUCUCAAGGUAGCCCUCUUCCACCGCCUCUGCCGGGAGUGUGGUCCAGGGACAAAGCUGGGGUUCCAAAGGCAAGAUGAGCCAGUCAGAACUGAAACCAGGAGCAGGGAGGAGAACAGAGGGGUGAGGAAUUAAAUGUUUGAAAUAAGCAUCUGCACCAAUCACUGCAGAGACAUUCUGACUUCAGGCUCCAUGCCCCUGUCUGGGAAGAGGCACAGCG